AAAUAAUCACUCAUGAAGCCCAGCCCGAAACCUCUCCACGUAACCUUCCCGCCGUUGGAAGCCGUUAGGGUUGAUCGAGAUUACCACCGAUCGGAGAAAUUUUCAGUGUCCAGAUCUGCAAUUAGAGUGCAACAAGAUGGUUGGAACGCAAUCGGAGAAAGAAGAGAAAGUUUCAUUGGAGCUCACUGAAGAAAUCCUUCAAAGCAUGGAAGUCGGCAUGGUUUUUAGAGAUUAUAAUUGUAGGAUCAGUUCGAUGGAUUUCCAUAGAACGUCAAGUUAUCUGGUCACUGCUAGUGAUGAUGACUCCAUUCGUCUAUAUGAUGUUUCCAGCGCGACGUGUUUGAAGACAAUAAAUAGCAAAAAGUAUGGGGUUGAGCUUGUUUGCUUUACCUCCCACCCUACAACAGUUAUAUACUCGUCAAAAAAUGGUUGGGAUGAGUCUCUUCGGCUUCUCUCUUUGCAUGAUAACAAAUACUUGCGAUAUUUUAGGGGUCAUCAUGACAGAGUGGUUUCGCUUAGCUUGUGUUCUCGCAAAGAAUGCUUUAUCUCUGGUUCUCUUGAUAGAACUGUUCUGCUUUGGGAUCAAAGGGCAGAAAAAUGUCAGGGUCUUUUACAUGUCCAAGGAAGACCUGCUACAGCAUAUGAUGAUCAAGGACUAGUCUUUGCAAUUGCAUUUGGUGGAUGCAUAAGAAUGUUUGAUGCUCGCAUGUAUGAAAAGGGCCCUUUUGAAAUUUUUUCUGUGGGAAAUGAUUUUUCUGGUGCGAAUGUCGUGAAGUUCAGUAGUGAUGGAAGACUUAUGCUUCUAACAACUACAAAUGGGCGCAUUCAUGUACUUGAUUCAUUUCGUGGAACACUGUUGUCCACAUACAAUGUGAAGCCGGUUUCUAGCAAUUCUACGUUAGAUGCUUCUUUCAGCCCUGAGGGCAUGUUUGUUAUAUCAGGCACAGGUGACGGUAGUGUCUAUGCAUGGAACGUUCGGAGUGGAAAAGAAGUUGCAACUUGGAUGGGCCCCAAAACAGAGCCUCCUGUCAUAAGAUGGGCUCCCGGAAGUCUAAUGUUUGUAACUGGCUCUUCUGAACUGUCUUUUUUCGUUCCGGACUUGUCUAAAUUGGCAGCAUAUGCUGGAAGGAAAUAGGAUUUCCAUAGCUAGCAACUCUGAAGCACGAAAGUUUAGAAGGUGCUCCUUUUGUGUGGUAUAGGAAGACUUAGUCCGCAUAUUAAGUUGUUUAAGUUAUUCCAUUCGCUUUUGAGAGAGCUUGCAGAUGUUCGGGUUGCGAACCUUCCUACCAUAUAACAUCAAAAUCCCUCUACCAUGUAACAUCGGAAUGACUUGGUAGAGAAUGACCGGUAGCUCGGAUAAAAAAUACUAAGUUUCCACAACCUGAUCUUUGGGUCAGUUCUUGCAGGCUAUAAGUUUUGCCUGCCUUGUCCUUGGAAAAAAAUUAGGGUAACUGACUAUCAAGUUCAUUGUACUUGUACAGUCAGGAGGUUAAUUACUGUAGUUUAGUCUCUGUGAUACAAAGAAUAAUGUAUAUUCCAUGUAUAUAUCACAUCAUCCAAAAAGACUUUCUUUAAUUGUCA